GCUGUUUCCGCCACCCACUGGAGCUCCACUAAAUUCUCUAAUUUCCGGUACGUCAUUCUUCUUCCGGUGAUAGAGGGCAGCUCGCUUUAACGUAACAACUAUCCCUAAAAUCGACGAAAUCCAACAAAACUAUGUCUCACACCAUCCUGCUGGUACAGCCCACAAAGAGGCCAGAGGGUCGGACAUACGCCGAUUACGAAUCAGUCAACGAAUGUAUGGAAGGGGUUUGUAAGAUGUAUGAAGAACAUUUAAAGAGAAUGAACCCCAACAGUCCAUCAAUAACGUAUGACAUCAGCCAGCUGUUUGACUUCAUCGACGACCUUGCUGACCUCAGCUGUUUGGUGUAUCGUGCCGACACACAGACAUACCAGCCUUACAACAAGGACUGGAUCAAAGAGAAGAUCUACGUGCUGCUUCGUCGUCAAGCCCAGCAGGCGGCCAAGUGAAGCUCCUGAGAAGAUGCGGGGCACGGCGGGAGGGUGGCAUGUUUUAAAGUUGCAGUUUUGGUGUUUUCAUUUGAGCAGCAUAUUUUAUACGAUUUUGUUUGACUUAUAAUAAAGAUUAUGUGAAAUAACACUA